AUGGAGUAUGGAUUAUUAAAGGGACAAUUACCCCAGCAAAUUUUGUGGCGUUGUCAAUUUCGACGUGAAAGAAAUCUUCACAUUCAUACGGGGCAGAAUGAUGAUACAGUACGUGAUGCUCCCACCUGUACAACCUGCAGCAGUGAUGCUACCACCUGUACAACCUGCAACAGUGAUGCUCCCACCUGUACAACCUGCAGCAGUGAUGCUACCACCUGUACAACCUGCAACAGUGAUGCUCCCACCUGUACAACCUGCAGCAGUGAUGCUACCACCUGUACAACCUGCAGCAGUGAUGCUACCACCUGUACAACCUGCAGCAGUGAUGCUACCACCUGUACAACCUGCAGCAGUGAUGCUACCACCUGUACAACCUACAACAGUGAUGCUCCCACCUGUACAACCUGCAGCAGUGAUGCUACCACCUGUACAACCUGCAGCAGUGAUGCUUCCACCUGUACAACCUACAACAGUGAUGCUACCACCUGUACAACCUACAACAGUGAUGCUCCCACCUGUACAACCUGCAGCAGUGAUGCUACCACCUGUACAACCUACAGCAGUGAUGCUACCACCUGUACAACCUACAACAGUGAUGCUACCACCUGUACAACCUACAACAGUGAUGCUACCACCUGUACAACCUACAACAGUGAUGCUACCACCUGUACAACCUACAACAGUGAUGCUACCACCUGUACAACCUACAACAGUGAUGCUACCACCUGUACAACCUACAACAGUGAUGCUACCACCUGUACAACCUACAACAGUGAUGCUACCACCUGUACAACCUACAACAGUGAUGCUACCACCUGUACAACCUACAACAGUGAUGCUCCCACAAGGAGGUCUAGGUGCCCUUCAUGCCAGCAAAGAUAUACAGGAAUAAAAGAAUGGCUUGGCUACUUGACUUGUGACGUCAUCAGUGGGGCUAGCAGCAGCCCAUAA